AUGCAUUCGUCUUGCUAUAGACUUGCCCUCUUGGCCGCCGCUGUCGCCCAGUCGGCCGCAACAGUGGUCACCGAUAUCCCCAGCAUUUACCGGCUGUGGGGGGAACUUUCCAUCUAUGCGGACAAUGCGGAUAAUGCGUUUGGCGUGCAGUACGUUGGACUGCCAGAUGGAUGUCAAGUGGAAACCGUGAGCACCCUCCAACGCCAUGCACAAAGAUUCCCAGAUAGCAUCGACGGCGCCGUAACAAGGGCGUUUGCCCGGAAGGUGGCCAACCUCACCACCCAAUCCAACCAGGGCCAGGUAUUCCGCGGCCCUCUAGAGUUUCUCAACUCGUACACGUACAUCCUGAACGACACAGGCCUUCUCACCGGCAUUGGCGCGGGCACAGAGUUCGCCGCCGGCGUCUCCUUCUGGAACCGCUACGGCCGCACCCUGUUUAAUGCCUCGGCCGCGCAGCUCCAGUACAGCCCCGUGUUCGCCAGCAACGGCAGCUCGAGACCCAGAAUGACGUUGCGGACGACAGGUCAGUCUCGUAUCGAAAACAGCCAAAUCAACUGGGCGCUGGGCUUCUUCGGUCCCUCAUUCAACUCAACGCCGGAUCCGUCAUUGACGCUGUGGCAAGCCCCCUUCAACGUAACCAUCAUCCCGGAAGGGGGAACCGAGAACAACACCCUCGCCUCGUACGAUAGCUGUUUCAACGACAACAACGCCGACAAUGGCAACAUUGCUGCUUCGCACCAGGACGCGUACAAGAAGAUCUAUCUGAGGGCUGCUGUUCACCGAUUGCAGGCCUAUGUGCCCUCUGGCUUCCAGAUAGAAUACAAUGACGUGUAUGCCAUGCAGAUGACCUGCGCGUACGAGUAUGCUUUUAUCGGCAUGUCGGAGUUUUGCAGCCUGUUUACGGCCGAGGAAUGGGCGGGUUUCGAGAAUGUCCUCGAUAUUCAGUACUACUACCUGUACAGCUACGGCAAUCCAACCGGACGCGCGCAAGGCAUAGGAUAUCUCCAAGAAAUGCUGGCGCGCAUCAACCACGAGUACAUCACCUCAUCCAACUCGUCCGUCAACUCCACCCUCGACAGCAACCCGAGCGACUUUCCGCUGGGCCAGCAGUUGUACGCCGACUUCUCCCACGACGACAUUAUCAUCUCAGUUCUCACAGCAAUGUCGCUCGACUACUUCAAGGACCCGCCCACACUGCACAAAUUUCCUCCCAGCUCCAACAACCACUUCACCCUUUCGCACCUCACACCCUUUGGCGCGAAUCUCAUCACCGAAAUAAUUGGCUGUGCAGAAUCCGACCCAAAGCCAGUGGAGCAGAGUCGCGUCGCGUAUUCGCCCUCUCAGUACGGGUACGACGCUUCCAACUCGAGCCACAAAUUUGUGCGGAUGCGUCUGAAUAACGGAAUCUUGCCGCUUGCCACGAUCCGCGGCGGGAAAUGCGGCAACGCGACGAGCGGUCGUCUCGACGGGCUUUGCGAGCUAGGCAACUUCAUAGAGAGCCAGCAAGAUGCCUACAGGUUGAGCAAUUAUGACUAUGUCUGCUUCGGCAACUAUACCAUUGUCAAUUCCACGGCGGCGAUAGACUAUGAUGGUACUUUUGAGCAGGGCAAGAAUUACACUGCUUUGUAG